AUGGACUUAUCCUCCCAGAAAUCCGUCCGCGCCGCAGCAUCCCAACUCCUGGCCAACACCUCCAUCCCGACGAUCGACAUCCUGAUCAACAAUGCAGGCGUCAUGUCCAUUCCCACCCGAACCCUCACCGAGGACGGACUCGAGACGACCUUUGCAACGAACCGCAUCGGCCACUUCCUCUUUACCAACCUUAUCCUACCUAAGCUGAUCAAGGCCGCUUCUACCACCACCACCACCACCACCACCACCACCACCACCAAAGCCUCCGACUCUAGUCUUGCCCCUCCAACAAGAAUCAUUAACCUCAGCUCCUUCGGCCACAAAUUCUCCCCCGUCCGCUUCACCGACCUCUCCCUCAUUAAACUCCCCAAAGAACUACCCGAGUCCGAGCGUCCCGACCUCCAGAUAACAGAAUACCUCACCGGCAACUCUCACGCAGACGAGGCAUACUACGGCUUCUUCUCCUACGGGCAGUCCAAGACCGCCAAUAUCCUGCACGCGAUAUCCCUCAACCAGGAACUACUUGCUAAGUACAACAUCGCAGCGUUCGCCGUACACCCCGGCGCCGUCGACACGGGGAUUGGUCGAUAUGCGACACCUAGCGAUGUUGAGGCUGCCCUGCAGAGGGUGAAGGAUCUGGGGAUGGAUCCUACGCAGAAGUCAAGGGAGUUGGGGGCUAAUACGACGGUUCUGGCGGCGGUGGAUCCGCGUUUGAAGGUGGUGGAUGUAGAUAGUGGGGAUGGACAGGUUAAGGGGGUUUAUUUGGCUGAUUGUAAGGUUGAUGAUGAGGGUUUUGUUGCGUUUGCGACUGAUAGGCGGAUUGCGGAGAGGCUUUGGAGUGUGAGUGAGGGGCUUGUGGGGGAGAGGUUUGAUUUUUAG